AUGCCCAGUCAGUUUGUCAUUGUCCCUGCGACGCUCUCACCUCGUUAUCAAGGUGUCGAAGAUCCUACCCCUCGACAGUCUCGUCUGAAGUACCUCAUUAUCGCGUCCGUUUUUCUCUUCUCGAUUGCCAUUGCUAUUUAUUGCGUCGUCGGCCUCAUUUACAGCUCCCAACCCCAUUUCCUCCCCGCCACCCUCGCCGUUGGGACUGGCGUCAGCGUUCUCGUCAUUGGCUUCAUCCUCGCCUUUUUAAAGUGCUGGAGCCGCGUUCGCAGUCGUAUGCCGGCCGUCAUCCCUGGAAACAGCAGCCACGGGUUCGAACUUUCUCCCGACGAAGACGGCAGCAACACAGGUGGUGGAUACGGCGGCUUUCGAGGCUGGCUCACCAUGGACAUGCCCACCAAGAUUGGCGUCGUCGGUGUCGAAAUGUCCAACUUUCUGAGCCGUACCGGGGUCGCUCUCUUUGGCCAGCCAGUCGCCGUAAGCGAGGAACAGGUGCCGGAGAGGGUACGCGGCGCUGACGCUUGUCUCGAACAUCGGGAGCGCAUUUCUCUGGACCAUCUCAGCAUCAGGGAUGAGGAGUUCGGCAGGAUGAGCUCAGAAGAGCGAUCGAGGACCAGCACACCUAUUUACACCAGCAAAGGUCGUCUGAGGCAGGGUUCGGUCAACAAAGAGAACCAAAACACAACGGGGGCUGCAGGGGCCUCUUCGAAUAGUCGCAUCGAGGCUGUCCCGAAAGGUCAUGCUGCUUCGCGAGAUGUUCCCUCUGCGCGUGCAGUCGGAGGCCAAAGUGCUUUCGCGGCAUGCGAUCAAGUCCGCAAGUCGGCCAACCAGGAAGCCACGACUCACCCUGAUGAAGCUCCCCAGGACAGGGCAAAUUUGCCUUCCGAAACGCAAAGACAUUUGAUACCAAUGCCCUUCAGAGGUGCCUACAGCGACUCAGCGAGUCUUCCGAAACAUGAUCCUCUUCGAACACGCCAUGAACCCGUUAGCGGCAGACUGGGCAAUCUCUUCCGCAGGGACAGAGUUUGGGAGACGAUUCCCAACACAUCUUCCAAUCCGCAGACAGCUCCCCCGGCGCCGGCGGCAGUCCGUAAAGCAGGCGACGCCGGGCCUGUCAUCGUGAAGAGAUGGCAAAUGUACGAAGAAGGUGGCGCCAAACUCCGGUAG